CUGUCGCGCUGUAACGGUGCUCGUCAGCUGUCAACACGGAUUUUACACAUAAACCUACGUCGUAUUACAGCACGCAGAAGAAAAUGAUACACAGGAAAACGACUGCCAGUAUAUCCCGGAAUAAAACCCUGCACUUUUAGACUUUCUGACCGGUUUAAACGGGUUUGUACGGAGGGAUGCCGGUGGAGAGUGGGAGCAGCGCUGCCGCCCGUCAGGCAAAACAGAAGAGGAAAUCUCACAGCCUUUCCAUCCGCAGGACCAACAGCACUGAGCAGGACCGCUCCGGCCUGCAGAGAGACAUGCUGGAAGGACAGGACUCCAAACUGCCUUUGUCGCUGAGAAGCAAUCUGCUGGACCUGUUCAGUCAGAUCGAGAGGGAGUUUGAAAACCUCUACUUAGAAAACAUAGAGCUGCGCAGAGAAAUCGACACGCUGAAUGAUCGUUUGGCUGCAGAGGGACACACCUUCGAAGGAGCAGAUUUAGCUAAAGGCGCUCUUAAAACAAAGGCGAGUCAUAGCACCAGCCAGCUGUCUCAGAAACUGAAAACAACCUACAAGGCUUCCACAAGCAAGAUUGUGUCCAGUUUCAAAGCAACCACAUCCAGAGCGAUCUGCCAGCUGGUUAAGGAGUAUGUCGGUCACAGGGAUGGCAUCUGGGACCUCAGCAUCACCAGGACGCAGCCUGUGGUGCUCGGUACAGCAUCUGCAGAUCACACCGCGAUGCUGUGGAGCAUUGAGACUGGAAAAUGUCUCCUCAAAUACAUGGGCCACCAAGGAUCAGUUAACUCCAUUAAGUUCCAUCCUACUGAGCAGAUGGCUCUAACAGCCUCUGGAGAUCAAACAGCUCACAUCUGGAGAUACAUGGUGCAGCUGCCGACUCCUCAACCUGUCGCUGAUAUCAGCCAAACACCGUGUGAAGACGACGUGGACUUUUCAGAUAAAGACGAGGCUGAUGGCGAGGUCGACGGGCCGAACGACUGCCCUUCUGUCCGCGUGGCGACCACGACGCUCCGCAGCCACCAGGGUGUGGUGAUUGCUGCUGAUUGGCUGGUGGGGGGCAAACAGGUUGUGACGGCCUCUUGGGACCGAGCUGCCAAUUUAUACGAUGUGGAGACCUCGGAGUUGGUUCACUCACUGACUGGCCACGACCAGGAGCUGACCCACUGCUGCACACACCCCACCCAGCGUCUGGUGGUCACCUCAUCCAGGGACACCACCUUCAGACUGUGGGACUUCAGAGACCCAUCCAUCCACUCCGUCAACGUGUUCCAGGGACACACUGACACGGUGACGUCUGCCGUGUUCACGGUGGGAGACAACGUGGUGUCUGGCAGCGACGAUCGAACCGUCAAAGUCUGGGACCUGAAGAACAUGAGGUCGCCCAUAGCAACCAUCCGCACAGACUCUGCUGUUAACAGGAUCAGCGUGUCGGUCAACCAGAAAAUCAUCGCUCUUCCUCACGACAAUCGUCAGGUCCGGCUGUUCGACAUGUCCGGAGUGCGACUGGCUCGACUCCCGCGGAGCAACAGACAGGGUCACCGCCGCAUGGUUUGCUGCUCCGCCUGGUGUGAAGACAACACCACCUGCAACCUGUUCACCUGUGGCUUCGACCGGCAGGCCAUCGGCUGGAACAUCAACAUCCCCGCUCUGCUGCAGGAGAAAUGACCUCCUCCUCUUCUUCAUACUGUCACCGCGCAGUGAAAACCACGAGUCCGAGCUUGGUGUUGAGCACCUUGUCGUAGGUUUAGAUAACAGCUGUAAGAAGUUAAGUUUCGUCUUUUUGUGUGUCUGUGUGUGUAAAGCUGUCAGAUUAUGAGAUGAAAAACCAACAGCUGUCUUUUAAACCUCACACUUGGCUUCUGAGCUUUGACCUGAUCCAGCUCAGAGGACCUCUGUAACCCUCUAAACAACCACCACUAGUGAUUCUUCACUGUCCUAAAUAACAGCAGUCUGUUCCACUGACUGAGAAAAGCACAAACAUUUAAAACUAAAGGUUUAGAGCCCCAUGAAUCUGCUUGAUGCUGAUUAAAGCUGCAGUACAGCCAAUCUAAUCUGUGCCACUAACAGCAGAGCAGUCACACUUUCCAUCUCGUUUUUGCUGCUUUGUGCAUUUCAGGGGAUAAUCUGUGGUGAUUUGUCGACGACCCGCUUCACCUAAAUUUCCUCAUUUCAAAAAGUGAACGCAUUCCUCUGGACGCUUGGACAUUUUCUGAUCCGUUUGGCCUGUUUUCUCAGUAGCUUAGACGACGCUCUGCUGCUUUCUUCAGUGUUCAGGACUUAGUUGGAGUAAUGCACCUUGUUUUUUAUUUGUUUUCAUAAAGAACCGCUAGCUGUUACAAUUUAGUUUUUGUUGAUUUAGAAUAAAGAGCCUUUGGAGGGAAGUUUUCCUGGUUGUUUAGGUGUUUUCUUAGCAGGAUGAACCCGGAGGAGUUGCUGAAUGUGGCUGCUGAUCCUGACGGAUGCUUUCAGUAACGGUCAUGAUGUUUAUGUACCAGUGCCGCUUCUCCUGAGAACAUCAUGACCAUUAGACUGAACCAAAUAUUCAAUUUAUUGCUAAAUUAUAGUGUCUAUAAGUUCUUUAAAAUAACAACUAGCUGUGGAUAGCUGGGGGAAAAAAACCUGGCAAAUUAGAGUAAAAUGAAAAGUUUAAUCUCAGUAAGUAUAUAAAUAUUGAAACCCUUCAGAUCCAGCUAGCAAUGAAAGGUCAAACCUAGCUUUAAUUUUAUUUUAAUAAAUCUUUUGUUAUCAGUCAGUCGGAGCCUAAAAGGCUGAAUUGUUCAUGUUCUGCCUGAUUAAAAUGCAGAGUCCUUGCCCAUGUUUAAACAGUCCUGUAUAGUGAUUAUGAAUGAAACUCCUCUAGUUUAGGGUUUGUUUGUCUUCAUGGUGGAUCUGCAGCUCCAGAGCUGAUAAUUUUAACCCGACUGGAAGACUUUACUCUGAUCCAGUCCCAGUCAAAAUAAAAACUGCUUAAUGUCUAAAAUGCUCCUGUAGUGCCACAGUUGGACUUAGAUCACAUGUUCUGGUAUGUGUUUGAUCAGUUGUUUCAUUUUGAUCUGAUGGUUCGCCUUUAGUGAAGCCGUGUACUAACCACAGACGUCAGGAGUGGUUAGUAUGUACACAGUUGAAAUUUGUGAGGAAAAAACGACACUGGGUCCUAAGAAGAAUCAGUACCUGUGCUGCCGGGUUAGCAAAGCUAAUACUGAGGUGCAGUAUCAGCCCCUAAAGGCUACAAGGAAGCUUUCCAGGAAUUUUACCUGCUAUUUCUGGAGGAGUUCAUAUUCUGGCCUUUCACCCUCCUGAAUGAUUUACUUUACACAGAAAGGAAGAAGAAAUUGUUUUGUGUUGUUUGAGUCUCCAGUUUUUACCAUUUUCAGGUAGAUUCUCCUCAUUUUCCAAAACAAACUAAUAAUAAUAAUAAAUCUUUAUUUGUAUAGCACUUUUUAAAACAAGGUUUACAAAGUGCUGAACAGCACACAGCAAAGUAAGGUAAUAAAAUCAACAAUAAAAAGAUACAUGCACGAGUACAUAUUGAAAAUAAAGUAAAUAAAAAUGUUAUAAAAGCCAGUGGAUAAAAGUGUGUUUUAAGAAGUGACUUAAAAGAUGAAACUGAUGGUGCCAGCCUUAUCUCCUCAGGCAGGUCGUUCCAGAGUCGAGGGACUCGGACCGAAAAAGCUUGGUCACCUCUGGUCUUGAGUUUCGACCCUGGCACAGCUAAAAGGGACCUGCCUGAGGAUCUAAGGCUGCGGGGAGGCUCGUAGGGUGUCAGUAACUCUGUAAUAAAGCCGGGUGCCAGACCUAAACAAGCUUUAAACGUAAUCAGUAAAACUUUAAAAUCCAUUCUAAAACGUACAGGGAGCCAGUGCAGCGAGGCUAAAACAGGUGUCACAUGUUGUCUUCUGCUAAAACCAGAGAGGUUUUGUUUUGAACAAGUUGGAGGCGAGAGAGGGAUUUAUUGUCAAGACCAGAGAGGAGGGAGUUGCAGUAGUCGAGUCUGGAGAAAAUGAGUGCAUUGAUAACUUUUUCUAAAUCGGGCCGGGAGAGGACAGGUUUGAGUUUACUGAUGGUGCGGAGCUGAAGGAAACACGACUGGGAGACUUUUUUGAUGUGAAGAUGAAAAUUAAGAUUGGAAUCAAGUAUAACACCCAGGUUUCUGGCAGAGGGGGUGAUGUUAGAAGAGAGAGGGCUGAGACUGUCUUCAGUAUGGGCGGUGGAGUGAGGAGGGUUGAUUAAGAUCAUUUCAGAUUUAGAACUGUUGAGUUGUAGAAAGUUUUGUGCCAUCCAACUGUUCACAUCGUUGAAACACUCUAACGCAGCAGUUAGACCUCCAGACUCCAAACUAAAGGCAAUGUGGACACGGCGUUCAAUAAAAAGAAUCUAACAGGCGUACAUAGCUACGUACUUCUCAUGAAAACUGAUUUCAUUCAACCAGAAAAGGGAUUGAAAAAUAAAGAUUCCUGUGAUCUUUCGCUCUGAUGCCCUCUCUUGUUGGGUGAAAACUUGAUGAUUGUAAAAACCUUAUUUUUCUAGUUUCUGGCAGCACCCGUCUGUCUUCGGGUGGAGCUGUUGUGUGGAUUCUGUCGGCGUCUCUUUGUUACGGUACUUCAGAACAAACGGAGUUUCUCCUGCUUCUCUUCUCCUGCUGCCACAAACCACUCAGCCAAAGCUGCGUUCAAGAGAAUGGGAGAUUUUUCUGUCACGUGUGUUUGUAUGUGUGUUAUCCGCAGAGUUAUCAGAACAAAGUGUGUGUGUGUGUGUGUGUCUGUUCUGGUGAGACGAUGCAGUCUAAUUAAAUGUUUUAAAAUGUAUUAACGGGCAGUCGAAGCUUCGUACACGAGUCACAUCAGUAACACGGUGAACAAGCACAGCUCGUUUCCAGAUGAUUGUAAACCUAGCUUUAGAUUUCAACGUUGACAUUAACAUUUCCACUGGACAUCCACACACUGUUUAUAUGUUCGGUCACAUGUUGCUGCUGCCUUUUGCAAGCUGAAAGAAACUAAAUAAACAGCAUUUUUGGUGGAAAAGGGAAAAAUAUCAGUUUAAAUAAACUAAAAAUGGCUGCAGUGCUUGUUGAAAGGCAGAUGUAAAGCAUUAACCUGCUCUUUAAAACAUUUAUAUCGUAUAAAUUGUAAUAUAUGAAAGUUUGGCUGUGCAGAGCCGUUCAGCAGCAGCUGUUUUAUUAGCCUUUAACUUGUUAACAUGUUUUUAUUUUAUUCCUCUGUGACUGAUGUUGGAUCUUUUUGUUUAUUUUCAAGUAAAACUGAAUUUAUGUUCAUAUAUAUCCAGGGUUCAGCAGUAAAUUCAGAGCUCUUUUUUUCUGUCCAAACUGUUGUCAAAUGUAUGAAAAUUAAUUCUAGUAAAUUAAAAUUUAGCCAUAAUUAUGAGAUAAAAAGUAAUGAGGAAAAAGUAGUGAUAUAUAUCCAAGAUUGUGGGAUUUAAAGUUAUAACUAUGAGAUUAAAACGUCAUAACAGAUACAGAAAAAAGUCAAAACUAUGAGAUAAAAAAGUCAUGAGAAAAAAGUCGUGAUAAAUGGUCAAGAUUAUUAAAUUUGGUCAUAAUUAUGUGAUAAAAAGUCCUAAGAUAAAACUGACUAUCUCAUAAUGACUCUUCAGCUAACUUAUUUUUGUCUAAUAAUUAUAUUUUUAUCUCAUAAUUGACGCAUCUUAUUCUUAUGACUCUAAAUUUCCUCAUUUUGAAAUUCUUUGUUCUGAAAUUGACUUGCAUUGGAAAAACCUUGAAGUUUUGUUAAUAAUAGACAAAAAUUUUAAUUAAUUUUAAGAUAUAUUAAAGCUGUUGCUGCAUUACACAUCACCAACCUGUUUAUUACAGACUUGUACAUCCCUGGUUUAAAUUUUUUUGUCUGUGUGUGUGAACAUUCAUUUUUCUUUUCUUGCUCCUCCACAGUUUCAGCAGGUUUCACUGCAUUUUCUACCAACACUGAGCCACUUUCUUACACGUUCAUGAGUCACCAGUUUAAACUGAAUGUUCAGUCGCACUUUUCACACCAUCGGUCACUAUAAUAAAAACAACACUCGUCUUGAAGCCUUGUUGAACUGUGGCUGCUUGGUGUUUACAGUGUUUCUUUGGUCGGUGUAGAACAACAAACACCACCGCUCCGUUCUCAAAAUAAAAAUAAAAAACACAGAUUUGUGGAUGGUAGCUGUGUAAUGAGGAACAAGCAUCUGCUUGUUGAAUUAAAAAUAAAAUGUCUGUGCUGUUUGAA